AUGGGUCCUUUUGCAGACAUCUCUGCCAUCAGCAAGAUCUUGAAACUGGAUCCAGAGAACAGACAAAGACCUCCAGGAUGGGGGAAGGGAGGGGGACGGAGGGCAGGAGGUCCAGGCCUCUCCCCGCUCCGAGCCCAGCCUCGGCCUCGCACUCACCGCGCCCGCGGCCCACUCCAGCCCGGCCAGGAGACGGGGGAGCCAGAGACAGACCCUCACAGCUUCAGCCACCACACACUCCUGAAGGCGGCGCGCGACGUCACAACGCGCAGUGACCCAGGAGGAGUCGCGCGCGGCCGGCCUUCUCUUUGCGCUAAAUCUGAGCGUCGCGCUGGAUCCGAGGGCCGCGAGGCCACGCCCACAAGCACGCUCGCAGGCGUUCACACGGACACGCGUUCUGUGAAGCGCUUUCGCGACUCUGAGGCGCGCGUCAUUUACAGCACCCUCGGGUUCCUCAGGAAAAGCGCGCGAAAGACGGAGAAGACAUUCAAAAGAAAGCAGGAGCUAAAAAAGUGGAGGGCUGAGCUGGUCAAGAAGCGAGCUAAUCUCUUGAAAGAGAAGGACAUAAUAGAAGAAAGCUUAGAGGAAAUUGAACGGGAAAAAAAUAAAUGUCUGCUUGAAUUGGGAAACAUCCAUUUCAAAAUUAAGGCAAUUGAAAGAGAGGAAUUAAGAUCAUUGGAGCAAAUGGAGCCUUUCCACACUGCAGCAGCGUCGACUACGGAGCUGAACACGUCCCUGGAUGAAGAUGCAACACAGAUCUCGAUGACACAGAUGCGCACUACAGGUUCUGAUGGUGAUGCUGACAUGCAUGAGGUGCAAAGCCUGCCUUCCGGUGGCAGUCAAAGCAGCACUGAAGUUCUCCUGCACAGAAUCUGAUAGUCAACACUCACAUGCCAGGCAGCUCCCCUCUGGACAGCCUGCAGGCCGUGCUCAGGGUGCAAUCUCUGCCUCUUUCACCAUCAUGGGGCAGGGCGGGGAAUCUUGAGUAGUGGGGGGGGGCGGGGGGGCAAUGAAUCCUAGUGGAAAGAUCAGAGGGAGUGUGCUUGGCCCUAAGCGGCAUCGGAAAACAAGGAACAUCGUGGAUAUCUUGUUGCUUUCAGCACACCGUUACAAGUGUUUGUUUUUUUGUUUCCGUGCCUGUUUAUGCACUCCUGCGCUGUUGCGUGGUUAGAACUGUUCAGGUAUUUGGGCCACGUUAGGUCUGCUGUUGCAAAUGUUAAUAAAGUUCUGGUUUGUUAUCUAUUCCUAGUAUGUGUGAGGGAGCAGCCUUCCCAAGAACGGCUACUGAGUCCACAUCCCAAAGGUCCUCGUCCUGAAACUCCUCUUUGGAAUCCCCACUCCUAGGCGUGGGUGCUGGCUGCAACACACAGGAAAUAGUAGAUCGACUGAGGCAUCUCGAAGCAGAAAUUGAAGACCUGGAACGAAAAGAAAAGGAGCUGGACCAGCAGACAUUGUGGUUACAGCAAAGCUUUAUAAAUGUUAAAGAAGUCCCCACAAAUAAAAGAAUCCUUUAUGUGUAA